AUGUCCUUGCCAUCGUUGGCGCGUCCAAUCGACUGCGCCUUCCGGUUCCCCGAUCGGCUGUUCUCCUCCCAUCUUGUCGCCUUCGUAAAUCCCAAGUCUGGAUACAGCCUGAGGAGAUCCAGAAGAAAUGGAGACCCUCGCCGCAUUCGCGGGAGUUCUAGAGUUCGCUCCGCCGGGCCAGAAGAACCGGGUAAUGCGGCCUCCAAUGAGGUAGGAACGGAUGGUUUUUCGUACUUUGAUUGAUUCCUGUUGCUCCUGUUCUGUGCUUUGAACCUUGGUUCUAUUUUUUAUUUUUAUUCUUGUUGUCGUUGGGUAUUCUUCUGGAACUCUCGCGAACUGUGGAUUUUAUCAGGAGACGGAGGUUGAGGGGCUGUUUUCUUUCCGACCGUGGGAUGUACCCUGGGAUUGGAAGGUCACUGCGCUCGUUAUGACGCCUUACUUGAUGAGGUAUAUUUCUGUAUCCACUGUUUCUGAAUUAGGUCUUUGUAUAUUUGAAGAUAUUGGAUCGGAUGAAGAAAGGAAUUAUUUACGAGUUGAUUACGACCUUUGAGUUAAGAUUUUAUGAGGAUUAUGCUUCAGGAAUCGUAAUUCUACUGUCGGAGUGAAGGAUGAGGAGAUGUAGGAGAAAAAUUAUGUGUAGUCUUUUGGAGCGGAUUUAAGGAAAUUUAUGAUUACCGGGCGGCCAUGAAGGGGCAGAAAAUCGUGGAGAGCCUUUUUCUUCUAUUUCUAUCUCAGAUAAAACUGUAAAAACUCUGUCAUCCAGCGAAUAUAUUUGUUUUUUGAAAGGUAAGACAUAAGCUACGGUGUAGUAAUGUAUACCUGACGGAUGAUCUCAAAUAGGGCAAUGGGAUCCCGCGCCCAAAGAGAGGGAAAACAAUAGCCCAUGAAAGAGAGCUUAUCUCGCGCGCAAUUCUAUUUAUUCAGCUCCCUUUCUAUGGUGGUGAACUAGAGAUUGCUAACCCCUCGUCCAACAAAGCAUCGCAUCAAUUAAGGUUGAGCUUGUGUAUUCCUUACUAACUUACUUUUCGAAGCGAGCGGAGUUCCAUGGAGCGAAGCGGGUUGUGUGUAGUGAGGUUUUGCCGAUUGAGAACACUGGGGGUUUCUCACAGAAACCUGUCGUCAACAUUGCAUACUUCCUGGUAGUCUUGCACGUUUCUUUUUCCGCCGACAACUUUGUGACAGAAUAGGGACGAAUGAAUGAAGAUGUCUCCUGAAUAACUGUAAACCAUGGUUGAGGUAGGUGAUGGGAAAAAAUCUUGGGGACAAUAGAUCCUCAUUCAUGUGAAAUCCUUCUAAGCUGCUGCAUUGAAGAUCAACAUUCUGAUGCUUGGCCUCACGGACCAAUAAUACUAAAAGGAUGGAAGAUCGAAGACAUUUUUACGUGAGGCAACCACUUCCACUGACUUUUGUUUAUAAUAAGGAAAUCACUAGAGAAAUAUUUUUAGUAUCUAGAAAGAUGCUGCGUAGAUUUUGACAUUAUGUACGCGCAUCUAAUUUUCUGUGAAUGGGGCAUGAUUCAAUGAUAUCUCAUACAUAUAUGUGAUUUUUUUUUUGGUUUCAAUUAAUGUCAUAAAUCAUGCCUUGGAAAGGCUAAGGAUAUCUUCACAGCAUUUUUCUAUCAGGAAAUUUUAAAUCAGCUGAGAGUGGAUAUCCAUUGCCAAAAACGGAGGGUGGUGAGGAGGCAGCAAUAAUGUUCUUUGCAGAUCAAUCGUACGGCCUCUAAUUUUUUAUUCAAGUAUAAUUAUUUCCUCUGGAUAUAUUUUUUUUCUUCUAGGCUUAUUCAUUUCUUUUUUCCCAUGCAGACUCAAAACAAUGGCUAAACUUUCAGUCCUCUAUUUAUUUGUCAGUCGGUAUCAACCAUUUCCAGAUGAUGUCUUCUCCUUCAGUAUGAACAUUUACCUGCUCCAUAAUAUUCGUGACAGUUAAAUGUGGAUAAAUUGAAGUGUAUCAUAGCAUUUAGUUUAUUUAUUAAGGCGAAUUUCGAAACUAAAGAUGUGUUUAUUAGACUGAUUUGCAAGCCGCUGGAUAUUAAAAAUUCUUUAAAACCAGUUCAUGAUCAAGGACAUGAAAUUCGUCAGACGUCAAUCCCAAAUCAUGCCAUAAAGAAAUGCUUAGGGAUUAAUAAUUUCUGGAUAGAUACCCAAUGAAUAUUAGAAUAUCAGAAAGUAAGAUUGGUAUAGAAGACUGAGUUAGAUAUUUCCUCAAUGAAGAGGGCCUGAAGUUUUAAACGUAAGGAACAGCUGAUAGAAUGUGAUAAGAAAGGCCAACAGGGGGAUUCUGAAUAAAUAUUCAAAGAGAAUCCGGUGAUGGUUGCAAUAGUUUCUUAAGACCCAGGCUUGAUAUAUAUUGAUUGCAAGCAUUUUCUCGCAUCAAGUUAUGAGGGUCAACAAUUUAUUUUCCCGUCUUUUUGGAUAAAAUUAAACUUUUUUUCUAUAAUGACACAAUUAUAAAUUAUAUUGAAAAAACUUGAUUCCCUUUUAAUUGGCAAUCUCACGAUUGGGCUUGUCUUUAAACAGGGUGGAAUCAGCCAUUUAAUCUUCGGAGAGGCUGGCUUUUAUGGGCAGGGGGUGGCUUAUUCAUUGCUUCUUGUACUGCAUUUCUUGCAAAGGCUAUUGUAUCUGGCUCAUUUGAUAGUCAGACUCAAAGCGAGGUACGUCCUCCCCCCCUUUGAACUAAAAAAAAUAAAAAAAACCAUUUUUAUUGAAUUCCUUCAAAACAGAAUGUUUUUUCAUGUUUCUUGAUAUGACAAUCGAGAUGAGAAGUAUACUACUAUUUAUAUAAGACAUUUUUAGGUUGCCCAAGAAUAACUAGGGAGAGUUAUCAGCAGAGCUAGCCUCUGUUCAUAGUUUUUAGGUUCACGGACAAGAAAGUAUGGUCUAUUUAGUAAAUGGAACUAGUGACAAAAUCUACAUAAGUUUGAUCCCUGUAUAUUCUAUAAACGCUCUAACUGUUAUCUCGUUAGUUGAAUAAGCGAGGGUGUAAUGUGUAAAUAAGCUACCUAUUUCUUUAUCUAUAAGAUACUCGCUUCUGAUGAUAAUGUUCUUAUUUCUUUCAUAUUUUAUAUGUUCUUAGCGCACUCAGUUGCUAUGUUUUCUCUAUCAUAUUACGAAGUGGAUGAUAAGCACCUUCCAACGAUCUGAAUUUUCCUCAGGGAGAAUCUCUGGCGCGAUUAUUGCCUCUUAUUGGUUCAUCGAACGUCAGGUAUUUUUCCGAUCCAUACCAGAUCCAGGGGGGUCUCGAUGGGCCAGGUAAACCUGGGCCCGGCCCGGGCCAGAUUUUUUUGGGUCCUGAGCCUUGGUAUCAUGCCAAUAAAUAAAAAAAAUGAAAAAAUAUAUCUUUCUUUCACGUUGCUCUCCCACAUUUCUGCCCACCCCUCUCAAUCUCCUCUGUCUAUCUCAGAUUGGUUCCCACAGAGGGUGGGUCAGGUCCAGGCCAGGCAUCAUAAGCGGGCCAGGACUUGAACAAGCCCAGCCCCAGCCUGGCCCGGCCCGCAAACAAUCUAAGCAUAUUCAGAAACAGAAAGUCUUCAAGUUUUCAGGUCAACUGGGGCCAAUAGAUUUUUAACAAAGAUCAUGUUUGCUGGGCAGCACAUUCUCUCUUAUGGGGGUCGUUGGAUUUCUGGCUCCAGUCUCUGAAGAGAUAUUGUAUCGUGGUUUUCUCAUGACUUCUUUGACGAAAUGGUGGUUUCCUCUCCCUCAAAUCCUUGAUUAACCCAUGUUCAUUCGAAUUAUUUACUUGUUAUCAUGGUUUUCGCAGGUUGCCUCCUAGUGUUUGUAUAAUCCUAAGCUCUGCGGUGUUCACCCUCGCCCACCUAUCACCUGGAAAAUCUCUGGAGAUUUUCAUAUUUGGUAAUAAAAUUCUCCUUUAAACUAAUCAUCACCAUCAUCUUCCUACGAUUUUUCUCAUUAAACAUAUCAAACAGCUGAAAUCUAGGGCUUUGGGAGAAGAAAAUUACCGAUCUAGCCACAAGAACAGUCGAUGAUGAUGCCUCCAUAAGAUGGAAGAGGGCUCUUGAGAUAGCCAUGAGAAGAGUAGAUGAGAUGACUCCCUACGAUAUGAACAGCUGGAAUCUUGUGUUCUUCCAGGAAAAAAUCAGCUGGUACUUUGUUAGAUUUUAGGGUUUAUGGUUUCAUGUAAACCAGUAUAACGGUGCUUCCUAAGAAUAUUUGCUUAGAAUCCAUUCUAUCUUCCAUUCUUCAGGAACUGUGUUGGGGAUGGUGUAUGCCCAGACAAGAAACCUCCUCACUCCCAUCUCCAUGCACGCAAUGUGGAACCUGGGAGUCAUUCUCUCUCUCACUGUUCUUCAGGUAAAUGAUGGACCGACACACAAAAGAGUCUUCCGAUCGAUUGCUUGAUUGACUGAUUAAUUAAUAUUUUUUCUUCAUAUAACACCUAUUAAUUUUUUCCGCAGAUGAUGGGUCAUGACAUUCAAGUAUACCUUAUGAUCUAA